AUGAACCUUAGAGGGGAUACAUCGAAAGAGUAUUUAUUUAAACAACAAGAAUCUUACCACUCAGUACUAAGGACUAAAAAAAGAAAUGAAAUGUUACAUAAAAAACGAAUAGAAAAAGAAAACAAUGAAAUUAGAAAAGAAGCAUAUUUUAUAAAAAAAGAAACUCUCUACGAAUUAAUUGAACAAGUAAAACAAUUACCAUCUAAAGUUGUACUUAUUGAAAAAUUGAUAUUUAUUCGUCAUUUAAUUCAAGAAUCAAUUAAACUUAGUGAUAUUCAAAAAGAAAAAUUUAUUCAACUAUAUGGAAAUCUUAUUAAUUACAAAGAUACUAAUGUUGCUGUUCUUGUUAUUGAAACAUUAACUGACUUAGUUUUAAUAUCUGAUGAGUAUUCAUUGUUAAUUGAUAAAUACCAUAUUGUACAAACAUUACAACAAAAUUUAAUUGAUAGUGAAUUAUUCAUACCUUGUUUAACAUUUAUCGGUAAUUUAGCAAUUGAUAAUAUUUCAACUGCAAUUCAAUUAAUUCCUAGUUUAAUUCAACAGUCAAUGAAAAUAAAUAAAAAAGAAAUUACACGAUGUGCCUCAUGGCUCAUUCAUGUUUGUUCAAUAAAAAAUGAAACUAUUAAACAAUUCAUUAUCCCAUUUAUUUCAAUUCCAGAUCAAAAAAUUCAAAAACAGAUCCUGAAGGCAUGUAUUGAAAGAAGUCAAUAUAAUUUAGAUAUUCCAUUAGAUAUAAUUAUUCCUUUUAUUUCUAAUGAAUGGAGUAGAAAAUAUGUUAUUGAAAUUAUAGCACAUCAAUCAUUUUAUAAUAAUUAUCUUGACCAAAUUUAUUCAUUACUUCCUUAUCUUCUUUCAAUUCAUUUACAACCACAAGAAAUUAUUGAUUUAAUAUGGUUAAUAGAAAAUAUGUCAUUAAAUAAUAUUAAUUAUAUGAUAAAAUUAGGUGAGAUUGGAUGUAUUGAUUAUGUAAUCAAACAUUCAUAUUCAACUGAUACAGCUGUAAAAAGAGAUUGCUGUCACACAUUAAGUUCAUGUAUUGUUUUAUGCCAAAAUGAACCAAAAAUACUCAAAAUAUUAGUAGAUCAUCAUAUAGUUGAAGCACUAAUUGAUUUAAUAAAACAAUAUCGUCUUAUAGAAAUUGAAGAUUUGAGUUUAUUAAUUGAAUCACUAUUGAUUUUAAUAAAGACGGAAGAAAGUGAAGUAAAUACAAUAACACUGGUUGAAGACAAUAUUCAAUAUAUUGAAAUUGUUCUCUUUGAUUCUUCAACACCAACAAAAAUUUGUAAAAAGAUCAAAUGGUUGUUAGAUACUUAUUUCAAUUGA